AUGAAAGUCCUCUCGAUACAAAUCCUGGCCAUCCAAAAACCGCACCAGCCACCUGCAAUCCCGGUCGCUCAAGCUUCUGAUUUAUCUUCAUUUGGCUUUCUUCAACGGGGAAGCAUCGGCGAAUUUUUAAAUUUCUUUUCAAAAACAGUUGCCGAAAGAACCGCAUCAGGCCAACGACAAUCAGUCCAGGAGAACAACUAUACAGCGCACGCCUAUCUUCGGCCGACCGAGAACCUGAUAGGCAUCAUCAUAACCGAUGACGAAUAUCCUGUCCGAGUAGCGUUCUCCUUGUUGAACAAGUUACUAGACGAAUUCACCACGAAAAUCCCCGAAGCUAAAUGGAAAGCAGCCAUCGCUAAUCCUUCCAAUUCGUCUUCGCCACCAAACCUCGGCUUCACUGCGGUCGAUGAAUAUUUGGUCAAGUAUCAAGACCCCAAGCAGGCUGAUACGAUUUUGAAAGUUCAACAAGAACUAGAUGAAACCAAGAUCGUGCUUCACAAAACAAUCGAGUCUGUAUUGGAAAGAGGAGAGAAAUUGGAUAGCUUGGUCGAACGUUCAAACGCCUUGAGUAGUCAAUCGAAAAUGUUUUACAAGACUGCCAAAAAACAAAAUUCAUGCUGUCUCAUUGUCUAG